GGUCACACGGCUCAGGGGAGAGGAGCUGAGAUUGUCACAGGAGCUCAGAAAAAGCCCCGGGGAAGGCCGGGCGGGCAUCAAACCGCGCGGAGAGCGGCUCCGGGUGUCAAACGCGAGCCUCGAGCCUCUAUUUUUCUGUUGUUUUGAGUCGGUGGAUCAAUUGUCAUCGGUCCUGUCACCUAAGAAGCAAUGAUUCCGAUUCAACUUGGCAUCUGAUUUUAUUCUAAUGGGUUAAAUUGGGUUCACUUUUUCAAUUAUCCCAGGUUUGACUGCGUAGUAUUGCAUGACAACUCACAGUUUCAUCGGGUUUGGCAAAGCGAGCUUGCUCCGCGAGUACGUAUAUCAUAUCACAUCAGAUCAGGCUGAAGUUUGCUGUUUAGCGAUUCCAUUCUCGAGUCGCUUUUUGUAGAAGUGGGAAGGGUUGCUGCAGUCCGCGGCUGGUUCGGCACGAUUCGGGGAAAAAAAAUAAUGCAGCGAGAUGGCAACAACACGGGGUUCGCCGCUCAGCAGUGAAUUAAGCACAGAACGAAGCAAGCGACACUAUGGGGAACCGCUCCACUCACCGCAAUAUUUUUAGCAGCCUCUCAGCCCUCGCCUUUUUUAAAUUUCCUAAUAUGCUCUUUGCUUUAUUAGUUUUAUUUACAACCGGCUCCCAUUAACACCUCACCUGAUUACUGAGGAGCUGAGACAGCUAAGCAGGAAAACCCAGCAAAGCGGCCAAAGCUGGGAGGGAGACGGUUUGGUUUUCAUUCGUUCUUUUUAUUAAUAUUUGUUUGUUUUGUUUCGAAGUAAAUAUUUUGAAGCGGGCAGCAAAGAAAAGGCAGGUAAACGCGUGUGCUGCGGGGGUCAGAGGUGAGAAAUUCGCGUCAAUUCCGAAUCAGAAGCGAUGUAGCGAGGGGGAGAGAGGCGAGAGGGGGAGAGGGAAACAAUCCUUCCACGCAGCAGCUUGUUUAUUUUAAUUAACGUAGGGAUCCUCCGCCAGGGAGAAGGACCCACCUCCAUCUCGCGGCUGAACACCGAGCCUCUCCCCACCCAGACCCCAGCCCUCGCCGCUCAUAAAGGAGGGCACAGUUUGGGCAGAAGCUCCUAAGGUCGCAAGCCAUGCUUUUCCACGGGAUCUCCGGAGGCCACAUCCAAGGAAUCAUGGAGGAGAUGGAGAGGCGAUCCAAGACCGAGUCCCGCCUGGCUAAAGGGGGACAGAUGAACGGCCGAGAAACGAACAUGCCCCCUAUGAGCCCCGAGAAGCCUGCUUUGUGCGCCGGGUGUGGAGGGAAGAUCUCAGACAGAUAUUACCUGCUGGCUGUUGACAAACAAUGGCACCUCAGGUGUCUUAAGUGCUGUGAAUGUAAACUGGCUUUGGAGUCAGAACUCACCUGCUUUGCCAAGGACGGCAGUAUUUACUGCAAGGAGGAUUACUACAGAAGGUUCUCCGUGCAGAGAUGUGCCCGCUGCCACCUUGGGAUCUCAGCCUCUGAAAUGGUCAUGAGAGCCAGGGAGUCGGUUUAUCACUUGAGCUGCUUCACCUGCACCACCUGUAACAAGACUCUGACCACGGGCGAUCACUUUGGCAUGAAGGACAACCUGGUUUACUGCAGGGCCCACUUCGAGUCCCUUUUGCAAGGAGAAUACCCCCCUCAGCUGAGCUACACCGAGUUGGCAGCCAAAAGUGGAGGGCUGGCCCUGCCCUACUUCAACGGCACGGGCACUGUGCAGAAGGGGAGGCCCAGGAAACGAAAGAGCCCUGCCCUGGGAGUGGACAUCGUCAACUACAACUCAGGUUGUAAUGAGAACGAGGCAGAUCACAUGGACAGAGACCAGCAGCCUUAUCCCCCAUCCCAGAAGACAAAGCGCAUGCGCACCUCCUUCAAACACCACCAGCUUCGUACCAUGAAGUCCUACUUUGCUAUCAACCACAACCCAGAUGCCAAGGACCUCAAGCAGCUUGCCCAGAAAACAGGCCUGACCAAGAGAGUUUUGCAGGUUUGGUUUCAAAACGCAAGAGCCAAAUUCAGAAGGAACCUUUUGCGGCAGGAGAAUGGGGGUGUCGAUAAAGCGGACGGCACCUCACUUCCGGCACCGCCCUCCGCAGACAGCGGCGCUCUCACUCCACCCGGCACUGCGACCACUUUAACAGACCUGACCAAUCCCACUAUCACUGUAGUGACAUCAGUGACCUCUAACUUGGACAGCCACGAACCCGGGAGCCCCUCACAAACUACCUUAACGAACCUUUUCUAACAUUGCCGUUUUUUUUUUUUUUUUUUUUUUUUUACUCUUACUCUUCUUCUUUAUUAUUAUUAUUAUUAUUAUUAUUUUGAUUAUUUUCAAGCCUUUUUUUUUUUUAAACAAAAUAACAAACCCACAAAAUAUUUGGGAAAAUAAACAGCUUGAUGUGUAGCAUCUGCAGCCACUUGGCAAAUGAGUUUGAAGUAAUAUGUUGCUAUAAUAAACGAACAUUUAUUGUUGAUAAAUUGUACUCAAAUUUUUUUAAUUCAUCAGACAAACGAAGAGAAGUUCUGAGUCAUUCUAAUAAGUGCCUCUUAAAAUUGUAUGUUACUUAUUUCCACAAUCUUGAAAAAAACAUGAAUACCACUACGACUACAAAGCCCAAAAGUUUCUUUUCUCUCCCUGAUAAUCAGCUAAAAGUCAGUAUAAUCAUAGACAAAAGAAUGCUGCUUUCACGAUUGUAUGUUCACUUCCAGAACCCGAGAUUUCCUUUUAUUUUUAUAACACAUCUAAAAGUUUUGUACGAUUUAUUUUUUAAAUGUAGACAAAUAAAUACAACGUGGAUUAAAUCGAUGACGUAGCCAGACCGCAAGUCCCAGUGCUUCUUUGUAACGCGUUAGGGCCAUGGCCGACCCCCCGGGCACGCUGGGAGCCCCACGGGGCCCAGAGCUGCCCUUCAGCCCUGCACCCAGCCCACACCGAGGGCUGCACCUGGUGGGGGCCUGGAGUGGGGCCCAUCCAGCACAGCCGAGGAUGUGGGUCUCCGAGCUCACCUCUGCGAGUUAUGGAGGGCAAGGGUGGGAAAUGCCCUUGCGGAAUGAGCUCGCUGCUGUAAGGGUAUUGUUAGAGCAGAGCAACAGCUCGAGGUGGGAGUCCCUCUGAUCUGACAUAUUGCACAGGGAGGGGUUUUCCUUCUGCUCUGCAGUCAAAUGGCACAGGUUAAGAAUUAAAUUAAAAAAAAAAAGGGGACAGUUUGCUGCUCGGCCUCCGUGCCGUACUACUAAAGCAAACAGGGGUCGUCCAGCUACUUUAGCGAGCACCGAAAUGAUUGCCAACGAUGCACAAGCAUGUGUACUGUUAAAGGAGCUUUUGAUAAAUCACAGUUUUUCAGGGAAAUGGAAAUAAGCAAAAUAUAAUUUAUUAAGAUGUUUAAGGAACAUGAUUUUAGUACGAUUUAUUCAUUACUAUUUUGAAUUUACUGUAGCUGUUUUCUGGGAUUGUAUCAGACUCUUUGUUUAACACACAAAAUUAAAAUCUUUAGUUCCUUGCUAUCUUUAACAUACGCUUUACUUUUUUUUAACUUUGUAUAGAAGGAAAAAAAUGUUAGCAAAAAUUCUUACGAAAUUGGGAAUUGGCAGCAGAUAAUUUUGAAGCAGAUAAACUCAGAAGCCUUGUGGAUGCUGAUCUCAAUGCAUUUCUUAGUUUACAAUAGCAAACUUUCUUUUUUUUAAUUUUAUUUAAGCUAAAAGUCUGAAUGGUCUGGGCAGUGGUGAAUGUUCAUUUGUAUCCUUUUAUUGUAGUUGAACACCAAUUAGAUUGUGGAGAGUCUCAGAAACAAAACCGAACAAAAACCAGUCAAGAUCUAUGUCUUGCUUUUAGUGGAUUGUUAAGAAUAACUUUGCACAUAUACCCCACUUUUUAGACACCAUCAAAUCUCUUUUUUGGUGGUCAAAGUGGCUAUUUAAUAUAUUUUAAAGGUGUCCUUUUUGGCUGUAUAAAUGUGUGGUUACAUAUUGACAGUUCACUGCCCACAUUAAAGUGCAUUAUUGUAAUUUUUGCUCAGGGUUUUUAGAAAAUUAGCACAGAAAAGUAGCUUAUUUUUAAAAAAAAAAGAUGAUGGAAGAGAUGUUAACACUGUAAUAGAGGAAAGGUGUGUUUGCCAUUAUAUAUUUAGCAAGUAUGGUUAUCAUCUUCUACGGAUAUUAAAUCUUGACUUUUCCUAUUUCUAUUAUCUUAUGGGCAUUUACCACUAACCAGACCAAACAACCUUGGUAAGGCUGAGAUCUUUAUUAAUACACUUUUACAGGUAAAAAUAUUGAUACUUAUAAAUUUUGUUCUUUGACAGAACAAUAUAUGGUACUAGAGAUCUACUUUAUUAAGUAGACUAAUUAAAACUCAGUUCUACUAUGUGCCUUAUGAUAUACCUUGGGAGUAAGUUUGUGAAAAAUCAGGAUAUAUGUGUUGUUUGUUAAAUUAACUGUUUUAAGCCCUUUUGACACCUCACUAGUUUUGUACUGUUUUACCUCUUAUUUCUGAAACUCUUUUUAUGGUGUAUCCUGUUAGAGGGGACAAACAUGUCAUAGAAAGCAGUUGUGCACUCUUUCAGAUAUAGUUGAUAAAUCCAAUAAUCUUAUAUAUUGAGCUUCGUGUUUAUAGUACAGUAAGUGGUCUAGCAAAAUUGUCCAUGUUUCUUUGUUUAUUGAUAAAUGCAUUGUAUAGAAACUAUUUCCCCUAAAUAUUUAUGGACCAAACAAUUGUGAUAUAUCCUAUUAAAUUUGUGUGAAUAAACCAUUUUGAAUCUAA